GUUCCCGCGUGCUAAGCCAGUGGGCUCAUCCGCGUGAUCGCGUCCUGGAGUUCAAGAGGUUUCUUGGUAGCCGCCAUGUUGUUAGUACUCAACUUGGACGUGAGUUCAUCUUGGAUGUGUUGCAGCGGAGCCGGCAUUUACGUGGCUAUGGCUCAACAGAGUCUCCCUACUUGACUACCUUACCGAAGGGAGUUCUCGGCUCUAAUAACACGAGGGAAACCAUACAAAAGGAAUCUAAAUUUCAAGCGAAUAGUAAACGCGAGACUUCUCAAGCUUCAUGUAGAACAUUCGAUCGGUUAGUUCAGACAAUAUAUGAUUUUUUUCUUGGGAUAAAGUUCGUCUUGUUUGGAGCAACGACGAAGACGUUUCUCUCGAGGAAUCGGUGCCCCCUUGAAUAAGAUACGGCACUGUGCACUCUCACGGUAAAAUGCGGCCCCGCGUCUCGAGGGCCAGCCUGUGCACCGUUGAACGCGGCACUAUCCACAUACAAGUUUCUCUGUGAUCUUAGAUAAAAUAAGUGCUAAUAUAUUAUACAAUAUAUUUUCUUUUUUUAUUUCGUUAUUUACUUUUACAAUAAAAAAAAAAAAUAAUAGUGAAAGAUUUUAAUUCAGUGUUUAGAAGUAUAACGUUUGAAGAGAUAUUAAAAUUAACUAAAGAAAGAGAAAGAGAGUGGGAAAGAGAGAGAGAUAGAGAGAGAGAGAGAGAGAGAGAAAGAGAGAGUAAGAGAGAGAAGGAAUCAACGAGAGAAUGCAGCAUCGUGAAGGUCGAAUGAGUGACAGAUGGCACGCGAAGGUAGUACCAGGAGAUUGUGAGAGUUCGCGCACCGAUGCAACGAGGAAGGCAAUUCUUUGAGUCGAUGCUGCGUGUCGUAUUCAGAAGCUCGGCCGCGCCUUAAGCGUUUACAAUGACGGUAAUAUCGUGAGCAAAAGAAAAAAGAAGACGGUAAAAGGAAUUAAGAACGUUGUUAGUGUGUAGUAUGUGCGAAUUCGACGUGAGAAGAAACGAAAGAAGAAGAAGAAGACGAAGAAGACGAAGAGGUAAACUCGAGAGGGGUCUCCUCCUCUCGUGUAGGUAGUAGUAGGUCUGUGGACAUACCGAUCGAGUGAGUGAGAUAGAUAGAGAGAGGCCAGUUCGUCUGACUGACCCAGAUUUUCGUGGUUCGGACGAGACGAGGGAAAAGAAAAGACAGCAGGAGGAGACGCGGACUAUCUGAAAUGGGCCACGACGCAGCCUGGAGCUAAAUUAGCCGCGAUGUCCAAUAAGAGUAAGACUCAGCCGCAGCAGCAGCAGCGUCCAUCGCACGUGAUCAAGCCAGUGGAUCAGGUGCCACCGCGGUAUCAACCGCCGCCGCAACCUACCAGCGGCAUCCUGAAGAAUCAUCCACACUUUAGCAGUACCACUACAGUCCCACCACCACCGCUAUCGACAGUCAACACGGUACUUCAAAACACUGGUCAGGGUACGGCCUCGACCUUGACUCAUCAUCAUCAUCAUCAUCACCAUCAGCAACAUCAGCAGACGACGCAAGCAAGAAACGCGUCUCAGCAGAAGGAUGCCCAAGGCAAAUACUCGCCAAGGAUAGAACACAGGCAUCAUCCACAAGGUGCUGCUGCUGCUACUGCUAAUCUCUUAACGGGUGCAGCCUCGACCACGGCUUCUGCCAAAAGUCAGGCUUAUCUUCAAACUAAAAUCGGACAAGGACAAUAUCUCCCACCUAACAGUCAGUAUCCUACCAUCAGUAGCAGUAGUAGUGCUAGCAAUCAACCUGUACCGAGCAGACAGAGGAUCACCGACGAGGAGUUCCUUAGACUCGGUCCCGUGGAGAUGCUCAAGUUUGUGCGAAAGACAGAGAGUGACAUCGCACGGCUAGCUGCCGAGCAGAAUCGUCAAAUACAAAGCUUGCUCAGUGAGCUUCGUGCGCUGAAGGAGGCCAACCAAAGACUCAGCGACGACAAUCAGGAGUUACGCGAUCUUUGCUGUUUCCUGGACGAUGACCGGCAAAAAGGCCGGAAGCUGGCAAGAGAAUGGCAAAGAUUUGGUAGGUACACAGCCAGCGUUAUGCGACAGGAAGUAUCAGCUUACCAGAAUAAAUUGCGGCAACUGGACAACAAACAGCAGGAGUUGAUAAAGGAUAAUCUGGAACUGAAGGAGCUCUGUCUGUAUUUGGAUGAGGAACGAGGGGGGGUUCAGAGGGACGACGGGGAUGGAUCGAGUUCGAGUACGAAUGCGGAGGAAACCGCACCACCGAGGCCGAGACACACUUCUACAUUUAACGACCAAACUAUGCAAUAUGUAAGAAGUUUGGAACAACGUGUUAAGCAGCUGGAGGAAGACAAAAGUGUUUUACAGGCAAGAGCUAGAGGAUGGGAAGCAUUGCCAGGUGAAGUCUGGGAAAAUCCAAACAGUCCAAGCGAUAAUUCUCAUAUUGGAAGUAGACCUGAGGCUGUCGUACGAGCUCUUCAGGUUCUCGAAGUUAGAGAACAGUUAGAAAGAGAAGGUGGACACGACGGCGAGAAGGCUCUUGUUCGAGAGAUGUGUAAUGUUGUAUGGCGUAAGUUGGAAGAAGGGCCACAAACAAGGCAUUAGAAAAGGUUCUAAAAGUGCAAAUUUAUCGAUUACGAUAUUAGAAAUAUUUUUACGCAAUAUUCCAACGUCUAUGGCGUGUCAAUAGUAUUAUAAUAGUUAAUAUGACCAAUGUGUUAUGUAUUUUAUAUAUAUAUAUAUAUAU